AUGAAGGGGGCUGGUCAGACCCCUAGGCCCAGCCAGGCGUCCAGGCGCAAAGCGGAGAACUGGCCGCUCCACCACGGCUCGCCAGCGCCACCCCCCGCGGAGCGCAGCCUCUGCAGCCGGGCGGCGCCUUCCUGCGGCUCCCGCUCCCCGGUCCACACAGCCGGCGGGCACCCCCAGCCGCUUAAGGAACUGAGGCAGACCCGCGGAGGGCUGAAGCGGGAACAAGCUAAAGAAGAGGAAGGCGAGCCAGGCACAGCCACCAUGGCCUUCCCGCACUUUGGACAACCGUAUGGCAGCACUUCCCAGUUUCUGGUGUCUGCAAAUUCCAGCGCCACUUGCUGCGAAUCCUCCCCCAGCUCCGUCCCAGACGUGGCCUCGGGCUCCACCCCGGCGGCGGCUCUCUGCUUAGCACCCUACGAUAGCCGGCUGCUGGGCAGUGCGCGGCCGGAGCUGGGCACAGCCUUGGGCAUCUAUGGAGCCCCCUACGCGGCCGCUGCAGCUGCCCAGAGCUACCCUGGGUACCUGCCCUACAGUCCGGAGCCACCCUCGCUGUACGGGGCGCUGAACGCACAGUAUGAAUUUAAGGAGACUGCAGGGAACUUCACACCCAGCCUGUCACAACCGGGAGCCUACUGUCCCUAUGAGCCGACUCUGGGGCCAUACCCCUAUGACCGGUACGGCAGCGCCGUGGAGUUGACUGGUGCCGGGCGCAGGAAGAACGCCACGCGGGAAACCACGAGCACGCUCAAGGCCUGGCUGCACGAGCACCGCAAGAACCCCUACCCCACCAAGGGCGAGAAGAUCAUGCUGGCCAUCAUCACCAAGAUGACCCUCACCCAGGUGUCCACCUGGUUCGCCAACGCGCGCCGGCGCCUCAAGAAGGAGAACAAGAUGACGUGGGCGCCCAAGAACAAAGGCGGGGAGGAGAGGAAGGCGGAGGAUGGGGCCGAGGAGUCGCUGGGCUGCCUACCCGGCGGUGACACCAAAGACCUCGCUGCGAGCCGGGAAGCUCGGGGAUUCCGGCUGAGUGACCUGGAGGACCUGGAGGAGGAAGAGGGGGAGGAGGAGGAGGAGGAAGAGGAAGAAGAGGAGGCAGGGGUCCCAGCUACGGACAGGCUCGCUGAGUUCCACAAGGACGCACAGGCGCGGGCGACGCCUUGCGCUGCAGCUCCAAUGGGCCGGCGGGAGCGCAGGGAGUGCGGCCUGGCGGCGCCCCACUUCUCCUUCAAUGAGCCCCCGGGAUCGGGAGACGCUGACUUCCUCCGGGCGGAGCCAGGGGCCCCCACCCUGACCACGCACUACCCCUGCAGCCAGAAGCCGCGCAUCUGGUCUCUGGCGCACACGGCCACAGCCAGCGCUGCCCAAGGGGCACGUCCCACCCCGCCCAAGCCGCGAAGCCCCGAGUGCUGCCUGAUUCUCCGACAGCCCGCAGGCCCGGGCGGGCGACCCCCGGUCCUCAGAGACUCCGCGCGCGACGAGCCGGGCCGCGCAGCCAAAGCUUUUGGGAAGCCCCCGUUUGCGAUGCAGGGGCUGCCCCUGAGCUGCGCCCCGUGCCCGCGGCGGAGGGAGCCCGCAGGGCAGUGCCAUUACCCGUCGGGAGCAGAAGGUAGUGGGCCCCCAAUGGCGCUGGGACUGUGUCCAAAAGACGCCUGCCCGUGUGCUGCCCAGCCAUGGCAUGCCCUCUCGGACCCUUGGGCACGGCCGGGGUCCACCUGGCAGGAGAUGGUCCCACAGCACUCUUUGAAACGGAAGCUUAGAGACAGCGGUUCUAGCGUUCCCUCAUUUUAA